AUGACUGUCGAAAAGAGCAAAUUACAACUUCCAAAUAUAAAAGAUUUUCUUUUUCUAAAGACAAUUAGUCGAGGUGGUUAUGGACGAGUUUAUUUAGCUACAAAGAAAAACGAUGAAAAUAAAACGAAAUAUGCUAUUAAAGUUAUUAAUAAACAUGAUAUACGAAAGAAAAAUUUAAUUGAUCAAAUUCUUAAUGAACGUGAUGCAUUAGCUACAAUGCAUAGUCAAUUUGUUGUUCGUCUUUAUUAUUCAUUACAAACAAAAGAUGAAAUAUAUUUAGUUAUGGAAUAUAUGAUUGGUGGAGAUUUAAUGUCAUUUUUAUGUAUUAAACAUAUACUUGAACGACAUGAAGCACAAUUUUAUGCUGCGGAAAUUGCACUUGCACUCGAUUAUUUACAUCGAAAAGGUGUUAUUCAUAGGGAUUUAAAACCAGAUAAUGUUUUAAUAUCAGCAACUGGACAUAUUAAAUUAACUGAUUUUGGAUUAUCAGAAAUUCGAAAUAGACGAAGUAGGUCAAUUUUAGUUUUUUUUUUACGUUUAUUAUCAUUCAAAAUAUAA